UAUGCGAUGAGUGGAGGCGUUUAUGGCGGCGACGAGGUGGGUGCUCUUGUGUUUGACAUUGGCUCUUACACUCUGAGAGCAGGCUAUGCAGGAGAGGAUACUCCAAAGGUUGACAUUCCUACAACUGUUGGAGUUAUUCGUAACUCAGAGUCGGCAGAUGCACAACCUAUGGAAACAAAUGAAGAAGCUGUUGCUGAAGAGUCAACAGGCCACAAGUAUUUUAUCGGUACAAAUUCUUUGCGAGUUCCUCAUGUAGGAAAGGAAUUGAUCAACCCAGUGAAAGAUGGAAUGAUUGAAGAUUGGGAUAUUAUAAAGCUUUUAAUUGAUCACGUGUAUCAGAAGCAUUUUUACAGUGAGGCCAGCGAACAUCCUGUUUUAUUCUCUGAAUCAGCGUGGAACACUCGAGCCAAAAGAGAGAAACUGACUGAAAUGAUGUUUGAACAAUACAAUGUACCAGCUUUCUUCUUGUGUAAAUCGGCCGUGCUGACAGCAUUUGCCAACGGUCGUACCACCGGGCUGAUUAUUGACUCGGGAGCUGAUCAAACUGCUGCUGUUCCUGUACAUGAUGGAUAUGCACUGCAACAAGCCAUAGUUAGGUCUCCAUUGGCUGGAGAGUUUCUGACUUCACAGGCCAGAUCUCUCUUUGCAGAACGAAAGAUAGAUGUCAUACCAUCGUAUCUAGUUGCGAACAAGGAACUUGUUGCCGAGAACAGUCCUGCUGUCUUUACAAGAAAGAAAGUGCCUGAAGUGACUGAUUCAUAUCAUUACUACAUGGUGAAGGAAGUUGUUCAUGAUUUUAAGUGCUCGGUUUGCCAAGUUGCUGAUGGUCCAUUCGAUGACAGUAUGACAAGCAUGCCCACUUUGCCAUACUAUUUCCCCGAUGGCUAUAACACUAGCUUUGGUACAGAAAGAUUUAAACUCACAGAAGGACUCUUUAAUGCAACAGGAAUCAACUUAAAGGGUGUGCAUGGUGGUGGUCUUCUUGGGAUUCCACAAGUUGCAACAACCAGUGCAGGAAUGUGUGAUGUUGACAUCAGAUCUGGUAUUUACAGUUGUGUCUUACUGUGUGGAGGCAACUCGCUUCUACCAGGAUUUACUGACAGAAUCACACGAGAGUUGACAAUGAGAACACCACCUAGCAUGCGGUUGAAAGUCAUUUCGAACAACAGCACAAUCGAGAGACGAUUUAGUUCGUGGAUAGGCGGGUCCAUUCUGGCAUCAUUAGGUACGUUCCAACAGAUGUGGAUAUCACAGCGCGAGUACCAGGAACAAGGUAAAGCGUGCGUCGAGCGCAAGUGUCCGUAGGCGUCUCUCUCUUUUCUUCUCGAUUGAGAAAUCAUGGAUGACGGAAUUUAGUGAAUUCACACUUGCGGUCGGUGCAUGUCCUUUGACUGGACGAUGCAUGCUUGGUUGUAAACGGAUAGGCAGAUUAACUAUGUAAUUCGAUAGAAGUGCAGAAGUGAGGUAAAGAGGUUUGUG